AUGGAUGAUACAGAGCGUUACCGAGAUGUUCUCGGCCAGCUGCCUUUUUUGAAAAGCUAUACACACCUUUUACUAUGCUUCUCAAUUUCAGAUGAUAAAGAUCGAGAGCUCAUAGUAUCUUCUCUGGAGGAUGGUAUACUCAAGAUAAAGUCAACCCUACCAUGGCUCGGCUACCGAGUUAUCAACGACGGAAAAAGCAGCAGACUAGCCGUCUGUCCAGAAUUUGCACCACCCAAUUCUUCACUGCAAGUUCGAGACCGCUCCAAUGAAUGCCCAUCAUUUUCAGAAAUUGUUAAGGCCAAAGGUCCAUUUUCGAUGCUAGACGGGUCCCUCAUAGCACCCGUGGUCGCUUUCCCGCAGUCAUACGAGGAAUCUGACUUGAAGCCUGCACCGGUCAUCUCGUUCCAAGCCAACUUUGUUAGUGGUGGCCUGUUGCUUGACUUUGCUGCGCAACACAAUACAAUGGAUAUGAGUGGCAUGUGCCAAUGUCUUCACCUGUUGGCAGCAGCCAUGCGUGGCGACGAGUUCUCGGCUUUGGAACUGGAACAGGGGAAUCGAGACAGGCGACAUCUCGUUCCCCUGCUUCGUCCAGAGGAGCCACUGCUGGACCACGGCCACAUGAUCCGCCGACCAAACCCUCUCCUAUCUUCAGGAGUACCGCCACGUCCAAGUCAGAAUGAGAUUACAAAUCAGCCCGUCUGGAAUUGGCACACAUUCAGAUUCUCCGCAAGUAGUCUACGAGCACUCAAGGAGCUGGCUUCUCAAUAUACUGCAUCACCAGAUUCAGAUAGCAACCAGACUGUGGCAUUCAUCUCUACCAAUGACGCUCUCUGCGCAUUCUGGUGGCAGCGCCUUUCUUUCAUACGACUGGCCCGCAGCGACAACACGGGCCCUCUUAAACCAGAUCAGCCAAGCAUGUUUAGUCGCGCAAUAGACGGCCGUACCGCUCUGAAUAUCCCGCCAGAGUACAUUGGUCAAAUGAUCCACACGUGUCCCACGAAACUUCCUAUAGGCGAAGUCGCUACUAGGCCUUUGGGCUACGUGGCCGCAGAGUUACGCCGUAGUUUGAAGACAUAUAAUACGACGCAGAUGGUUCGAAGCUUCGCAACACUGAUAGCGCGAGCAGAAGAGAGAAGCGCCAUCACGUUUAUGGCAACAUACGACCCAAAUACUGAUGUAGGUUGCUCGUCAUGGGCGCAUGCUGACGUGUACUCUAAAGAAUUUGGAAAGAUUUUGGGGAAGCCGGCAUUGGUGAGGAGGCCAAGGUUCGAUCCGCUAAAGGGCGUUGUAUAUCUCCUUCCUAAAAAUCUGGAUGGAGAUAUUGAUGUAAUAACUUGUUUAACCCAAGAAGACCUUGAAGGACUAGUAUCGGAUUUAAAGUUCAAGAAGCAUACAGAGCGUAUCAUGUAA